GAUUCGCCAGACGUUACCCUCCAUCCCUCCGUUCCCACAAAACUUAAUAACCGCCUUUACUCAAACCGAUCCCAACGGCCUAAAGUAACCUCCUCCUAGCUCUCUCUCAAUUUCAAAACCCCAAGAAAACCCUCCAAAACUUCCUAAUCUAAAACCCCCCCCCUGCCUCCCGAACCAACGGCAUGGCUUCCAUGGGUCCUCCUCCACUCUCCUUCUCGACUUUCAUUCUCUCUCUCUACCUCUUCUCUCUCCUCCUAAGAACCACCUACUCGCUUCCCACUACCCUAGGCGUCACCUACUUCACCCCCGUCCCCACCGCUACUCAGCCAAAGCCACCUCCACCUGUCCACAUUGCCACAGCCAUCUCCUCCCUCGGCUUCAACUCUAUCCGCGUCCUCAACCCUGGCCCAACCCUCACCCGCGCCUUCACCUACACCAACACCACCCUCUUCCUCACCAUUCCCAACCCCUUGGUCCAACCCAUCGCCUCCAACCGCUCUAUGGCCCUCCGCUGGCUCUACGUCCACGUCGUCCCCUUCUACCCACGCGCUCGUAUCACCACCAUCUCCGUCGGCAAUGAUUUCCUCUCCGCCUCCCCCCCUGGCUUCUACUCCUUCCUCCUCCCCGCAAUCCGUAACGUACACCUGGCGCUUCGCGAUAUUGGCAUCCGCAAGAUCUCCGUCUCCACUUCCUUCUCCUUCAUCAACAUCGUUUCCACGCCAUUUCCUCCCUCCUCUGCCGAGUUCCAAGGCCUGGCUUCGGAUAAUCUGAUCAAACCGCUGCUUCAGUUCCUGCGUGACACCAACUCGUCCUUCUUGAUCAACAUCUAUCCCUACAACGUGUACAGGUUGAACUCCGAGAUUCCCAUUGGCUUCGCUCUGUUUCAGGAGCACCCUUUUAAUUUCCGUGACGACUUGAUCACCGGCGUUCGUUACCGGAACCUCUUCGACAUGAUGGUCGAUGCCGUAAUCAGUGCCAUGACAGCGGCGGGCUUCGUGAACAUUCCGGUGGUUGUGGCCGAGACAGGGUGGCCAAGCUCGGGCGAUGCGCUGGAGGUUGAUGCCAACUCGGCCUACGCCGAGAUGUACCUUCGAGGCCUCGUGGCGCACUUGAAAUCCGGACUCGGCACGCCGCUGAGGAAGGAAGGGGUGGCGGAGGCUUACAUAUACGAGCUAGUUGACGACGAAGUUAGGCGGGGAAAGACUCCGCAUGAACGCAGUUGGGGAAUUCUGUUUUCCAAUAUGACCAAGAAGUACGAGAUCGAAUUCUCUGGAUCAGACAGCGCCGGAAGGAGUCGGGCUUUUCUUUGUCUUUGCUCGGUUGCUGUUGCAGUAAAUAUAAUACGUGGACCUUUGCAUUUGCUCAGCUUGUGAUGCUCUGUUUCUUUGGUGUUGAAGCUUCUUGGGAUAACAAGAUCUUGAGGAGAUGUGGUUUGAGCUGAUAUGUCUCUUUGUAGUAGAGAUGAUAAUUCUUUGGCACAGUUGUUAUUACUUGAUUUGAGGCUCAGGGUCGAGAUUUCCGUUUCUCGUUGAAGUUGGCGAGUUAGGCUCAGACUUUGUACUGGUACAUUAAUGGCCGAAAACUCUCUUCAAGUUGACGAUGUACAUGAGGUCUUUGAUAAAAACAAAAUCAAUGAA